AGAGUGAGUACCAUCGAAGACAUUUCUAAAGAUGGGACAGCACCUCAGCGAGGAGACUGACAAGGUGGAAAUAGAUGUAGCAGAGCUCCAGGAAUGGUAUAAGAAGUUUGUGGUAGAAUGCCCGAGUGGGACUCUUUUUAUGCAUGAAUUUAAGCGUUUCUUUGGAGUGACAGACAACCAAGAGGCAGCAGACUAUGUGGAACACAUGUUCAGAGCUUUUGAUAAAAAUGGGGAUAACACCAUAGAUUUCCUGGAAUAUGUGGCUGCGCUUAAUCUAGUUUUACGGGGGAAACUCGAGCACAAACUAAAAUGGACUUUCAAGGUGUAUGACAAAGAUGGAAACGGCUGUAUUGACAAGACAGAGCUUUUAGAAAUAGUAGAGUCCAUAUACAACUUGAAGAAAGUUUGUCGCCAGGGUCAAGAAGAUCGGUCUCCAUUGUUGUCCCCAGAAGAAGUGGUGGAUAGGAUAUUCCUGCUGGUGGAUGAGAAUGGAGAUGGCCAGUUGUCUCUAGAUGAAUUUAUUGAUGGUGCUCGCAAAGACAAGUGGGUGAUGAAAAUGCUUCAAAUGGAUGUAAGUCCAGGCAGCUGGAUUAGUGAGCAGAGGAGAAAAAGUGCUCUCUUUUAAUAUUAACUGGUUGACUACCUUCUUGUUGCUUUUCUGGAGACCUGAAGACCCCCACAUUGGUUUGGACUUCUCUGAAAGAGUUGGACCAUCAGGUUUUGAAAGCACACAAUCACAUGGAUCAUACACUGGAUGCCUGGGCAUGAUACCAGUAGCCAGCAAUUGAAAUGUAUUUUCUGAUUCAUGAUUGCUGCUAUUGUAUUCCUCAGAUCUAUAAGCUCAGGCAUAUUGUGAUUCCUUAUCUCUACAUAAAUCAUACGUGUUGUCAUUGUGGUUGUUUUGGUAGGUUGCUAAAAGGCUAUUAUUCUGCAAUCUCAAUUGAUACUUAUUGAUUUUGCAAUGUGGAUUCAGUUUCGAAAUGAAUUUUAUUUAUACAUUUAAUAAAUUGCUUCCUAAUACUCAAUAGAAACAAUAAAAUUAGGUUUUAAAAUCUAUGUGACAAAAUAUGCAGCUUUUGGUGGGGCUUAAUAAAUUGUUUGACACUGAUUGGAAAAAAAUGAGACAUGAAGAAGAUAUGAAACCAUUCUUCACAGACUAGAUUCUAGUUGCUCCUAAGCAUCAAAGAACAAACUCCAUCUACCUUUCACAUAGCUAAUUUGGCAAAGCCAUGAAAGGAGACUGUAGGCUGGCACAUAGAAGACACUGUAAGGACUCAAUGGCCCAGACUUACUGUGAGUAAGACAGGGUAGACAUUGAGUGGUGGAUCAGGGCGUAUUAUAAAUGGUAAAUCUCCAGACCGCCUAACAAAAAAUUUAAGACACCUUUUAUUUGUCUUUCUUUCAGAUGUCUUUUUUCCCACUAAGUCAUAUAUCUUUGUCGAACAUGACAAUAAAACCACUAGAUGUAAAUUUUUGCAGCAAAAUCCACAAAAAUUCUAGACAAAAUCGAGGUGCAGAGUUGAUUUGAACCUUGGAUGCCAUAUAGUGAGCUAUGCAAUUCCAUAAGAGAGAGAUUCUCUCUUAGAAGCAAUACUUCUAAGGAUCUGAUGGACCAUGCCACAAAUUUUUCCAAUAGAAGGAACCUCCAUAAGCCAACCUAUGAAAUCACAGACAUAUGGAGGUGCCUUAGGACCCACUGUUUAUCAAAACUGCCUUAUUAUAAAGUUAUUAGCCUACCAUUGAACCCUGUGGCAAAUAUGUUUUAAUAUAUAUCCAGUUACUGUAGUUUAUGUCCUGCAUUGAAGCCUUGAAAUGUAGGAUGUUGGAUGUGUCAUUGGUAAAAACAAGGAGGUGUGGGGGGGUAGUGUCACAUGUCCUGCUGAUGUCAGGACACAUCUCACUGACCUAAAGCAUGAUGGAACAGCAGAGAGAUGACAAACCAGGAAGUAGGAUUCAAGCAUGGGGGAUAAGAGAAAACUGCAAAUGAGGUAAACUUGAAAAAAAAAAAAAAAAAUCGAUGAGGGAUGAGACCAAGGCCUC